UCGUCUAUUCACUGGCGCUUGUUUUCAACGCGGCCUUUCAAGUCGAGGGGAAACCCUCAUUUUAAAUGAAGAUCGUGGAAGGAUAAACGGAGAUUAUUGUUCUUUUAUUCGCGUGUCGAGCUACCAUCCCCCCACGUCACCACCGCUGACGGCGAGGCGGCGGUAGAGGGCGCUGUAGAUCUCCUGCCUGCCGUCCGCGAAGGGGGGUGAAGGAAAAAACCAACCGGGUAGGUCGCUCUUUGUUUCUGUUGGAAGGAAAAACCAAGAGACGCUGCGACCGGCGAGUUUACCAAACAUCACCUCUCACCGCUUCUGGGUGUUUUUUGCUGCCGUACAUUCCCAGAGCCCCGUGUGAGAUGUCCACCCCUGACCCUCCGAUGGGAGGGACACCUCGGCCCGGUCCCUCCCCAGGACCAGGGCCAUCUCCAGGAGGCAUGAUGGGUCCAAGCCCAGGUCCCUCUCCUGGUUCAGCCCAUAGCAUGAUGGGUCCCAGUCCCGGACCUCCUGCAUCAGGACACCAGCACCCUCCACAGGGACCCUCAGGAUAUCCUCAGGACAACAUGCACCAGAUGCACAAACAGCCCAUGGAAGCCAUGCACGAGAAGGGAAUGCCUGAUGACCCUCGCUAUGGCCAGAUGAAGGGCAUGCCCAUGAGGCCCGGGGGCCACGCAGGGAUGGGCCCCCCUCCAAGUCCCAUGGACCAACAUUCUCAAGGUUAUCCGUCGCCACUCGGCGGGUCUGAGCAUGCCCCCAGCCCUGUCCCAGCCAACGGACCCCCGUCUGGACCCAUGAUGUCAGGUGGACCCCCGGGCCCUGGCUCAGGCCCCAUGGAAGGAGGUGGAGACCCCAACCAGGGAAUGGGGCAGCCGAGCCGCAGCGGCCCCCAAGGUCCGGGUGGACCUGGUGGCGCAGCGGGCGGACCAGGUGGCCCAGGAGGACCGACGCCUUUCAAUCAGAACCAGUUGCAUCAACUGAGAGCUCAGAUUAUGGCCUACAAAAUGUUGGCGCGCAGUCAGCCGCUGCCCGAGCACCUGCAGAUGGCCGUGCAGGGGAAGCGCCCCAUGCCAGGGAUGCAGCAGCAGCCCAUGCCCAACAUGCCCCCUUCCUCUGGACCUGGAGCCGGGCCAGGACCAGCUCAGGCAAACUACAACAGACCUCAUGGCAUGGUUGGACCCAAUAUGCCACCCCCUGGACCUGGAGUCUCUCCCGGUAUGCAGGGUCAGCCUACGAAUGGCCCCCCGAAGCCCUGGCCUGAAGGACCGAUGGUGAACGCUGCUGCCCCCUCCAACCCUCCUCAGAAGCUGAUUCCGCCCCAGCCUACCGGCAGACCCUCCCCUGCUCCUCCGUCAGUGCCGCCAGCUGCCUCCCCGGUGAUGCCUCCUCAGACUCAGUCCCCCGGGCAGCCGGCCCAGCCCCCGACUAUGAUGCUGCACCAGAAGCAGAAUCGCAUCACUCCCAUCCAAAAACCUCGCGGGCUGGACCCAGUAGAGAUCCUCCAGGAGAGGGAGUACAGGCUGCAGGCCCGUAUUGCUCACCGUAUCCAGGAGCUGGAGAACCUGCCAGGCUCUUUAGCUGGUGACCUCCGCACCAAAGCCACGAUCGAGCUGAAGGCCCUGCGGCUGCUCAACUUCCAGAGACAGUUGCGUCAGGAGGUCGUCGUCUGCAUGCGCCGAGACACAGCUUUGGAAACCGCCCUCAACGCCAAAGCCUACAAGCGCAGCAAGCGCCAGUCUCUGCGCGAAGCUCGCAUCACUGAGAAACUUGAGAAACAGCAGAAGAUUGAGCAGGAGCGGAAACGCCGACAGAAGCACCAGGAAUACCUCAACAGCAUCCUGCAGCACGCCAAGGACUUUAAAGAAUACCAUCGCUCCAUCACUGCCAAGAUCCAGAAGGCCACCAAAGCCGUUGCCACCUACCACGCCAACACCGAGCGCGAACAGAAGAAGGAGAACGAGCGCAUCGAGAAGGAGCGUAUGCGGAGGCUGAUGGCCGAAGAUGAGGAAGGUUACCGAAAACUCAUCGACCAGAAGAAAGACAAGCGCCUGGCCUACCUGCUGCAGCAGACGGACGAGUACGUGGCCAACCUCACUGAGCUGGUGCGAGCUCACAAAGCCGCGCAAGCUCUCAAAGAGAAGAAGAAGAAGAAGAAAAAGAAGAAGCCUGAGCCAGCUGAAGGUGGCGGUGCUGCUCUUGGUCCUGACGGAGAGCCCUUGGACGAGACCAGUCAAAUGAGCGACCUCCCAGUCAAGGUCAUCCACGUGGACAGCGGGAAGAUCCUGACGGGGGUGGAUGCACCGAAGGCGGGUCAGCUGGAGGCCUGGCUGGAGAUGAACCCAGGAUAUGAAGUAGCGCCUCGCUCAGAUAGUGAAGACAGCGGCUCGGAGGAAGAAGAGGACGACGAGGAGGAGGACUCUCAAGCUGCUUCGUCACAGUCCGAUGAGAAGAAGAAGAUUCCUGACCCGGACAGUGAAGACGUGUCUGAAGUGGAUGUCCGGCACAUCAUCGAGCACGCCAAGCAAGACGUGGACGACGAGUACGGCAACGCAUCCUUCAACCGCGGCCUGCAGUCAUACUACGCCGUCGCUCACGCCGUCACUGAGAAGGUGGACAAGCAGUCGUCGUUGCUGGUCAACGGGCAGCUCAAGCAAUAUCAGAUCAAAGGUCUGGAGUGGCUGGUGUCGCUUUACAACAACAACCUGAAUGGCAUCCUGGCUGAUGAGAUGGGUCUGGGGAAAACCAUCCAGACCAUCGCCCUCAUUACUUACCUCAUGGAGUACAAGCGCAUCAACGGGCCCUUCCUCAUUAUUGUACCUCUCUCAACUCUGUCGAACUGGGUGUACGAGUUUGACAAGUGGGCUCCGUCUGUGGUCAAGGUCUCUUACAAGGGGUCUCCCGCUGCUCGCCGUGCGUUCGUGCCCAUCCUGCGCAGCGGCAAGUUCAAUGUCCUGCUCACCACGUACGAGUACAUCAUCAAAGAUAAGCAAGUGCUGGCCAAGCUGCGUUGGAAGUACAUGAUUGUGGACGAGGGCCACCGUAUGAAGAACCAUCACUGUAAGCUGACUCAGGUUUUGAACACGCACUACUUGGCCCCCCGGCGACUGCUGCUGACCGGGACGCCGCUGCAGAACAAGCUGCCCGAGCUGUGGGCGCUGCUCAACUUCCUCCUGCCCACCAUCUUCAAAAGCUGCAGCACCUUUGAGCAGUGGUUCAAUGCACCCUUCGCCAUGACCGGAGAGAAGGUGGACCUGAACGAGGAGGAGACCAUCCUCAUUAUCCGUCGUCUGCACAAAGUGCUGCGGCCGUUCUUGCUGCGUCGACUGAAGAAGGAAGUGGAAGCUCAGCUUCCUGAAAAGGUGGAGUAUGUGAUCAAGUGCGACAUGUCGGCGCUACAGAGAGUGCUCUACCGACACAUGCAGGCCAAGGGAGUGCUGCUCACCGACGGCUCCGAGAAGGACAAGAAGGGUAAAGGUGGAACGAAGACCUUGAUGAACACCAUCAUGCAGCUGAGGAAGAUCUGCAACCAUCCCUACAUGUUCCAGCACAUCGAGGAGUCUUUCUCUGAGCAUCUGGGCUAUUCCGGUGGGAUCGUGUCGGGCCCCGACCUUUUCCGCUCCUCCGGCAAGUUCGAGCUGCUGGAUCGAAUCCUGCCAAAGCUGCGGGCCACCAACCACAAAGUGCUGCUCUUCUGUCAGAUGACCUCGCUUAUGACCAUCAUGGAGGACUACUUUGCGUAUAGGAACUUCAAAUACCUUCGUCUGGACGGGACCACAAAGGCUGAGGACCGAGGAAUGCUGCUGAAGACCUUCAACGAUCCGGCCUCGGAGUACUUUGUGUUCCUGCUGAGCACCAGGGCUGGAGGCCUGGGUCUGAAUCUGCAGUCCGCCGACACGGUCAUCAUCUUCGACAGCGACUGGAACCCUCACCAGGACUUGCAGGCUCAGGACCGAGCUCACCGGAUUGGCCAGCAGAACGAGGUGCGCGUGCUUCGCCUCUGCACCGUCAACAGCGUGGAGGAGAAGAUCCUGGCGGCGGCCAAGUACAAGCUGAACGUGGACCAGAAAGUCAUCCAAGCUGGCAUGUUUGACCAGAAGUCUUCAGGCUGUGAGCGCCGGGCCUUCUUACAGGCCAUUCUGGAGCACGAGGAGCAGGACGAGGUCGGGGCCCGCGGAGGCUGCCGCACUAGGGGGGCGUGGGAGGAGGACGAAGUCCCGGAUGACGAGACGGUGAACCAGAUGAUCGCCAGAAGCGAAGAGGAGUUCGAACAGUUCAUGCGCAUGGAUCUGGACCGGCGCCGUGAGGAGGCGCGCAACCCUAAAAGAAAGCCUCGUUUGAUGGAGGAGGACGAUCUGCCUGGCUGGAUCCUGAAGGACGACGCCGAGGUGGAACGGCUGACUUGUGAGGAGGAGGAGGAGAAGAUGUUUGGGCGAGGGUCCCGGCAGCGUAAAGAGGUGGACUACAGCGACUCGCUCACAGAGAAGCAGUGGCUGAAGGCAAUCGAAGAAGGAAACCUGGAGGACAUUGAGGAAGAGGUCCGCACCAAGAAGACCACUAGAAAACGCAAGCGAGACCGCGACCUGGACGGAGGUCCGUCUACGCCAAGUUCCAGCGGCGGCCGAGGCCGCGACAAGGACGAUGAAGGCAAGAAGGCAAAGAAGCGCGGACGACCGCCGGCAGAGAAGCUGUCGCCCAACCCGCCCUCGCUCACCAAGAAGAUGAAGAAGAUCGUAGACGCGGUGAUCAAAUACAAGGACAGCAGCAAUGGAAGACAGCUAAGCGAAGUGUUCAUCCAGCUGCCGUCUCGCAAGGAGCUGCCCGAGUACUACGAGCUGAUCCGCAAGCCUGUGGACUUCAGGAAGAUCAAGGAAAGAAUUCGGAGCCACAAGUACCGCAGCCUGAACGACCUGGAGAAGGACGUGAUGCUGUUGUGUCAGAACGCUCAGACCUUCAACCUGGAGGGCUCACUGAUCUACGAGGACUCCAUCGUGCUGCAGUCCGUCUUCACCAGCGUGAGGCAGAAGAUCGAGAAGGAUGACGAGAGCGAAGGGGAGGAGAGCGAGGAAGAGGAGGAGGAGCUGGACGAAGGCUCGGAGUCUGAAUCUCGGUCCGUGAAGGUGAAGAUUAAACUGAGCCGGAAAGAAAAGGGCGACCGAGGAGGGAAGGGUCAGAAGCGAAGGGGCCGCGGUGCCCGAGCCAAACCUGUGGUGAGCGACGACGACAGCGAGGAAGAGCAGGAGGAGGAGCGUUCGGCCAGCGGCAGCGAGGAGGACUGAUCCGACCAGCGGCCAUUGAGCUGCUGGAUUGACUGGACUUUAUAUAUUUUACUUAGAUACAGCAGGGAGACGGCCAGUGGAGAGGAUCCAUCUAGACCAGCUGGUUUUAGUGAGACUAUUGUACUCUCUAAAUUAAGUAUACCAUCAAUUAAAAAAGAAAAAAAAAAGUAUGAACGACCACCUCCAUAUUUAAACAGUUUUCCAUGAAUAGUAGUCUUUUUUUUUUCUUUUGUGUUUUUCCAUGUACGUGGAGUCGGACAGCUCGAUUUAGUCGACACGAAGUUAUCAUGUGAACGCGGCCAGUUCUGCUCCGGGGUGGCCUGGCCUUGUUUUUGAGUGCAUGUGGUGCGUGUCUGUGGAACUGCACAUGGACGUGUGUCUUUGUUAUUAUCUGUGUAAUUUAAGACUACAAGCGGGAUCACGGUACAUCCCAACCCGUAGCCCCUCCCUCUCAGGUGGGCGUGUGCAGGGGGGAGGGAGGGACAGGACCAUUUUUCUCGUGUCGUUGUCACUGGAUUCCAAAAAGUACAAUAAAGGCAUCUCUUAAUAACAACUGCCUCUUAGCU